AUGAAUAAAGGGGCCAAACUUGGCAAGGUUGAGAAACACCCUGUUAUAGGAUGUAUCAUAGGGUUUCUUAGCGGCAAAAUUUUAGAUUAUGCAACUCGUAAUCGUAAAUGUAAGCUAUGCAGCAAUGGCCAUCCUAAGACCGAUCACGACUGCCGUAAAAAUUUUCAUGGUAGUGCAAAAGCUAUGGAACCAAAUGUUGGAGCGGCUUUAGUAAAUGACAGUGAGAUCUUAAAAGAUUACUGCUAUGAAAAAAAUACAGAAUUGUAUGCCUCCAGGUACGACAAGAAACGACGGGACAGAGCUAUAAAAGCCAAAUUACUCUCAGCUAAAGUACGUCGGAAUCUUCUGGCAGAAAACAGAGAAAAACUACGCAAGAAAAACGAGAAGACUGAAGGUUUGCAAUAUGAAUCAAACUGCGGUUUGACUAAUGACAAUAAUAUUAAUGAAGUUAUUGACACUAACAUAGCAUCAAUUUGUCAAGAUAAUUUACUAAUAACUUUAGAUAACUGUGAUAUAGUUUACUUUGACUUGGAAACAUCAGGUUUUGGCAAAUCUAACGAGAUUCUGCAAAUUGCAGCAAUGUAUGAAGAACACGAGUUCAGUAUUUAUAUUAAUCCAACCAAAGAAAUCUCUUUAGAAGCAUCACUUCAUACUGGAUUACGAAAUAUUUCUGGACAAUUAUACUUGCGUGCUGAGAAACUUGUAACAGUUCCCCUGAAAGAUGCAUUGUCAUCAUUCUUAAAAUUUUUAGAUUUAUCACCAAAACCUCGUGUGUUAGUUGCACAUAAUUCAUCGAAAGGUUCAGGUCAAUUUAAACUUGGCACUUUAGCUAAGGACUUUUUGAAAAUUGAAUCAAACGAAAACUUUCAUGAAGCUCUUUAUGAUGUAAAAAUUUUGAAACAACUAGCAUUGUCUGUCUUAAAUGUUGAAGAAAUUUACAAAAAUACUAAGUCAUGGACAUCAUUAUUAACUCAUACACGGGAAGAAGAGAAGGCGAAAAUCAUGCUGCUGCAAUUAAAGCCCUUAAAAACGGUCUUAACAGCUGGUAUCCUUAAAAAAAUGGCAAUUGCAAAAAUAACGUACGAGUUACUUAAAACUACGUUCAAUAAUCUUGGAAGAAAUGGCAUUGAUGAGUUAAUGUCAAGAAAAUUAGAAAAUGGAAAACCUAGAGAAACUUCAAAAGUUGAAGUUGAACUAAAGUUCCUCUUGAGAGAGGCAAUGUUUGGUUCGAUCAAAAACUUCAACAAUUUUCAAGAGUAUGCCACGUCAAAAUUAGCUGCAAAUGAUGAAAAUUAG